AUGGACUGCGCCCGUCUGCCGGGCGAGCGUAAUGCCAAGCACAGCACCUCAACUCGAUCGCACCGCGCGCAGCCAACCGCCAACGAGGCAUUGCGGCCACACAACACACACACGCUCCCGAACACGCACACGAUUGGAAGGCCCGCCGUCGCCAUGAGCUCCAAGAAGCACGUCCUGAGCCUCUACCGGCAGUCGCUGAAGCUCGCGCUCGACUGGAGCGUCCACCGCUACCUCUGGCGCGGGCAGGCCGUGUACCUGCGCGGUCUGUUUGAGGCGAACAGGCACAUCACCGAGCCGCGACAGCAGAGGGCACUGAUCACAGAGACGGAGGCGCUGCUCGAGAAGUGGAAGCACCCCGACCCGUACCGCGCCCCGACGGCCCCAGGAGGCUCAAAGUACGAGCGCAACCUGCCCGUCCCGAUUCUGGACCCUCCGCCGAAAUGGAUGAACCCGUAA